GCUUGUGCGACCGAAGGGGAGGGAAGAUGGCGGCCGGCGGCGGCAGUGGCGGCGGCAAGGCCUCGUCGUCGUCCUCCUCCUCGUCGUCGUCUUCGUCGUCGUCGUCCGCGGCGGCGGCGGCCGCCUCGUCCGCUUCGGCCUCGUCGGCCCCGCUGGAGGCGUCGCUGGACAGGAAGCUGCAGGCGGUGACCAACACCAUGGAGUCCAUCCAGGGCCUGUCGUCGUGGUGCCUGGAGAACAAGCGGCACCACGGCACCAUCGUCCACCACUGGAUCAAGUGGAUGCGCAGAUCUGCCUUUCCUCAUCGGCUGAACCUUUUUUACCUGGCCAACGACGUCAUACAGAACUGCAAAAGGAAAAACGCCAUUGUGUUCCGGGACACGUUUGCUGAAGUGCUUCCUGAAGCCGCCGCUUUGGUGAAAGAUCCAUCUGUCUCCAAAUCUAUAGAAAGGAUUUUUAAAAUCUGGGAGGACCGAAAUGUGUAUCCAGAGGAAACCAUUGUAUUACUAAAAGAAGCUUUAAGUUCCACUUUCAAAACACAGAAGCAGCAGAAAGAAACUCAGAGCAAACAAUCAACUAAGUCAUGGAAGAAAUCGCAAACCUCUACAAACCCAAAAGCUGCUUUGAAGUCCAAGAUCGUUGCAGAAUUCCGACCGCAGUCCCUCGUCGACGAACUCCUGUUCUACAAGCGUUCGGAGGACCAGAUAGAACUGAAGGAAAAGCAGCUCUCCACCAUGCGGGUGGACGUGUGCAGUACCGAGACGCUGAAAUGCUUAAAAGACAAAACGGGAGGGAAGAAGUUCUCCAAGGAGUUUGAGGAAGCGAGCGCCAAGCUCGAGGAAUUCGUCAACAGCUUGGACAAGCAGGUGAAGAGCGGCCCUUCCUUGACGGAAGUGCUGGAGAACGCCGGGAUAUUCUACGAGGCGCAGUACAAGGAGGUCAAGGUGGUGGCAAACGCUUACAAAACAUUUGCCAAUAGAGUGAACAACCUCAAGAAGAAGCUGGAUCAGCUGAAGGCGACGCUUCCUGAUCCCGAGGAAUCCCCCGUCCCCUCGCCAAGCAUGGACGCUCCCUCCCCAACUGGCUCAGAGUCCCCCUUCCCCGGAAUGGGGGACGAGGGCAACUCCCCUGCGCCAGAAGUAGAGAGGGAAAAGUCUCCGGAGCCCGCGACGGACAAUCGCGACGUGGAGGACAUGGAGCUGUCUGACGUGGAGGAGGACCCCCCGAAGAUUAUCGUGGAAGAGAGAAAGGAGAAGCCGGCUGCUUUGACGCCAGCCCCCCCAAAGAUGGCCGAGAGCGUCCCCAAAAUGUCUCCUCCUCCGCCUGCAGCAGCAACAGCAGCCGGUGCAACGACCCCGGUGGGAGCAGUGACGCUGGCUCCGAGCCCCCUCACUCCUCCGCCCCCUAAGCCAGCCAACCCAGCGCCCCUCCCCCAGUCGCCGGCCCUUGCGUUGCCAAACCUUGCAAACGUAGAUUUGGCCAAGAUCAGCUCCAUUCUCAGCAGUUUAACUUCGGUUAUGAAGAACACAGGUGUCAGUCCUGCCUCGAGACCUUCUCCCGGGACCCCGACAAGCCCAAUGAGUCUUACGGGUGGCUUGAAGACCCCGGCUACAGGGCCCCUGUCCGCACCUCCAAACCCUUUGGCCAAUAUCCUUUCCAAAGUGGAGAUCACCCCGGAGAGUAUCCUGUCUGUGCUCUCCAAGACCCAGUCCCAAUCUGGGCCGGGCUUGCAAGGUUUGUCCUCGUUCCUUCAGAGCGUUGCCGGGAACUCUGCCCAGCCCAGUGAGAUGGCAUCCCAGAGCACAUCUCCCUCGCCUGCCAACACGACCGCGGCUCCUUCUGGGAAGGGCAGGAAUGUUUCGUCUAACCUGCCAUCCUUCGUACCCCAGAGUUUUGGUUAUUCGCCAAAUUCCUCCUCCUCUGCCGAGGUUUCCUCCACAUCGGUCAACAAGGUCCCUGCUGGGCAUAGCACGGGGCUCCCCGGCACCAGUUUUAAGCCUCCGACCAACUCCUUGGGGUUCGCCGGCGCCCAGGCCAGCAGCCCUUCCCUGCAGCCAGCGGAGAACCCAAUGAAUCAGUCUUCCGAGAUCUCGGAGACCAAGCUGGAGGCUGAGCCCACAUCUCCCAGUCUGGAGAUGAAGAUACACAACUUCUUAAAGGGGAACCCGGGGUUCAGCGGCUUAAAUCUCAAUAUCCCGAUCUUGAGCAACUUGGGAUCUGGCAUGCUGCCCGAAAGCCAUUCGGCGUCGGCGGAUUUCAACCGCGGGCCCACGAGCACUUCCAUGGACAGCAUAGACGGGACGCCCGUCCGCGACGAACGGAGCGGGACGCCCACCCAGGACGAGAUGAUGGACAAGCCCUCGUCCAGCAACCUCGACACCAUGUCGCUGCUCUCGAAGAUCAUCAGCCCCGGCUCGUCUACUCCAAGCAGUACGAGGUCGCCUCUUCAGAGCCGGGACGACGGCUACCCCCAAGAACUGUCGAAUUCGGUGUACAGGUCUUUCAGCCUAAGCCGUGACUCCCCGGCCAGCAUGUAUAAACAGUCCUCCGACGGCAUUGAGUUACCGUCCUCCUUAAUGGACUCCCCUCAGGAGAAGUUCUAUCCGGACACCUCCUUCCAGGAGGACGAGGAUUACCGUGACUUCGAUUACUCCGGCCCUCCGCCAUCGGCCUUGGUGAACCUGGAGAAGCAGCCGGCCAAAUCCAUCCUGAAAUCCGGUAAGCUCCCCGAGUCUCUGGAGUACCAGCCGGUUAUGUCCAGCUACAGUCAACGCGCUCCGGGCUUUGGCUUGAAAUCGCCCUUCCCGCAGUCCAUGAGGCCUCUCCACGACCCGAGCGAAAGCAGUGAUCCCUUGUCCCCUCCCGGCGUGUACGGAAGCUACAACUUACGAGCGAGCGACUCCGGCUCGGACGCCUCCCCCACGCCGAGCAAGAACGACGUCUUUUUCCCGCCCGAUUCCAAUCACAACAGCUUGUCCAAAUCCAUGCCCCACUCCGGCCUGUCGCAGAAGCAGUACCCGGAUUCUCCUCACUUGGUUCCCCACCGGUCACUUUUCUCCCCCCAGAACGCGCUGAUGUCCCCGGCCAGCAGGCUCCCGACGUCCAACGCGGAGAAGCCCGUCGUGUCUUCCAUCUCGGCCACGUCCACCAUCGAGUUCAAGAACAUGCUGAAGAACGCGUCGCGCAAGCCCUCCGAGGAGAACAAGCAUUUCGGCCAGGGCCCGAAAGGCAACGCCGGCGAUGGCGCCGGCCUGGGCCAGGCUGGGCUCUCCGCGGGAGGAGAGCAACAGAAGCAGCAGCAAGAGGAGCAUUACCGGAUCGAGACCCGGGUGUCGUCGUCUUGCCUAGACUUGCCCGACAGCACCGAGGAGAAGGGAGCCCCCAUAGAAACCCUGGGCUACCACAACGCGUCCAGUCGGGGGAUGUCUGGCGAGCCCAUUCAGACGGUAGAGUCCAUCAGAGUCCUCGGGAAAGGAAAUAGAGGCCACGGGCGGGAGACCAACAGAGCAGGGUGGUUUGAGUUGAGCAGCGCGGGGAGCACCUUCGACAACGGCCCUUCGAGCGCAGCGGAGAUGCCGGCCGUGGGAACCGGGAGCGGCGGCGGCGGGAGCAGCGGUGUGUCAGGCUUCCAGCCCCAGUACAAGGACCGCGUGCCGCCGUUUCAGGAGAACGUCAACAACUUCCGGGCCGGGAGCUUCAGCGCCGCCUUCGACCGCCACGUCCCGCCGCCUCCCCUCGAGCACGGGACUUCCUUCCCCAGGGACCAAAUGGGCCCGCCUCCCGCAGCGCCUCAGCCUCUGCCGCCAAAGGAUCUGGGUCCCCUCUUCCCUCGGGACCACUCGGUCCCCCCUCCGCGGAUGCCGUCGGUGGACCACGCCGGCCCUUUCUCGAAGGAAGCCUCCUCCCCACGCCCCUUGCCUCACGGCGUCCCUCCCCCCCCGCCCCCCUCCUUCCCCACCCAGCCGCCCCCUCCGCUUCCCGUGGAGCACGGCAGCGGUCCCUUCUCCAGCCCCCCGCCCCCGCCCGGGGACCGCGGCCUCCCGUUUCCGGCUCCCCCCCUGGCCUCGGAGCAUGGGGCGGUCCACCAAGGGACGGUGAAAGAGCGUUUCAGCCUGCCGCCGGGAGCAGCCCGGGACCAAGCAGCCCAGCCGCAGCGCGAUCACGGCGGCGGCCAGUCGCUCGGCCGAGCUCGCGAGAGCAUUGGCCUGGCCGCCCUGUCGAGGGAUCCGCUCGUGGCCGCCCUUAACAUCGGCCCCUCGGUCCCCCCUCACCGAGACGGCACAAACCGAGGCGGGUUGGGGUUGAGGACCCCGAGGCCGGAUUUCCGACCCAGGGAGCUUUUCUUAAACAGGGACCCCUUUAACAGCUUAAAACGGCCUCGCCCCCCCUUUGCCCGGGGCCCCCCCUUCUUCGCACCAAAACGCCCCUUCUUCCCUCCCAGGUACUGAAUGAAGGUGUUCCGGAACGUUCUAGAGAGCAGUGGGGGAGUGGCGCUUUCACUUCCAUUUUAUUCUUCCCCCUCCCCCCCUGCCCCUUAAAGGGGCCCCGCAACUUUUUUCGUUGUCAAUUAAGGUAUGUUCUAUACUACAAUAUAUAUACAACCUAUAUAUAUAUAUUGUUCUGUUGGUUUCAUGGGUUUCGUUUGUAUUUUUUAGCCGUCAGCCUCAAUUAUAAGGGAGAGUAAGUUGAAGGGGUGGUUUUCGUUUGGUUUUUUGCAAAAUAAUUUAAAAAACUAAUCGUAAGGUGGUUGUUGAAAUAAAAAUAAUAAUAAUCAGUAGCUACAAAAACUUCACCGAACGCAGGAUUUUUUAAAAAGCCAAGUUGGGACUCCUUCAAACCUAUUAAGGAAGAUUUUUUUAAAAAGGUCCACGGCUUCCCAUUCCUGCCGCCUCUUUUUUCCCCCUUUUCUCUGUCACAAAUCUUCCCAUUCCUUUCCUCAGCGGCAUGUGUUGCUUCUUCUCUGAUGCGUUUCUUUUCUGGUUUUCCCGUGGGUCGAGCCAGCCGUAGGCGGAGGAAGGUUGGGUAGGGUGUUUCCCCUCUUUCCUUCUUUUCUUUUUGCACUGCUUUCAGGUUCAUAAAAGUUCUCGUGCAUUUCUCAGUUGGGGUGAGGACCAGAAAGCUGUGGUAGCGUAAUUUGACUUCGCCUGGCCCACUUCUUCCCCGCCCGCAUGUUCUGCCUCUGUGCCCUCCCUCCUGAAGCCAGCUCUGAGUUGCCUCUCUCAACGCAACUGUGGCCAUAGACAAACUUUUCGUGGAAACUGGAAUUCUCUCAAUAGCUACACACACACACACACAUGCCCUCUUUUCGGCUACCAGAAAGCUGCAUUUUUAAGUUCGGAAUAUUUUGCCGUGCUGCACAUUUCUUAAAAGUAAUAUUGCAUAACGUGUGCACGCGCGUUUUAAAGCGAAAAUCGUCGUAAAAAUACAUAGAUGCGCCACUUUUAUACGUCGGAUGGAUUUCAAAGGUCCUGGAUUUAUGUCGGUUGUCUUUUCGUUAAAUCCAACAUUUCCCCCUAGGCGUUGCAGAAGAGGCAAUCUUAAAAGGCCAAGGCUUCCCGAAUGAUGCUGGACUCCUGCUUCUCCGUUCCCCUAGUUGACGGUUAAGUUUGGUUCGCCGCAUAAUUUCGUUUUGGAGAAUGCCAAAGCCUAACCCAAGUUCCACAGCAAUCAGCACAUGUCCAUUAAGAUUUCACUCUGUCCCUCUUCCUCAAAACCGAUGUACCCCAGGUGUGUUGUACUACAAUUCCCAUCACCCCAGCCAGCACGCUCACUGCCCAGGCUGGUGUGAGUUGAUGGGAAUUGAAGUCCAGCUUCUCCGGAGGCCACCCAGUUGGGCAAGGUGGCUACAUAAAUGUAUGUGAGACGAUUUGUGAUUAAUGCCCCCUCUCUAAAAUUUAAAGUCUCCAAAGGUCCUUGAGGAUGGCGGGGUGCCCCCCUGAUAAACCAGUUUAACAGCAUAGGGCGUCUCCUUGGCUUGACCCAGUGUGCUUGCUGUAGAGCGCGAACACGUUUGCCUGCGUGGCACAAGAAAGCCAGCACCGUGGCUACUUUGUACAGCUUCCUUUCCCCCACUUAAUUGCAUGACUUCUGUAAUUCUUGAUACGUGUUUCUUUAGACAUCUGGGAGGGUUAGUUUCAGCAGCUGGGGCGGGAGAGAAGAAAAGGAAAAUAACUUCUUACGCGCCACACAAGUCAUCAAAGGUGUGAUCUACCAAAGACUUCUCCCACGUCAGCCCCUGUUGAAACUUUUCAGUGGGACUUGCACAGGAGAUCUUUCUGGUGGAGUACGCCCUCACCUUGCACCGAUAUUUUCAUUUUCAUUUAUUUUAUUUUUAAAAGACAGGCUUCGGAAUGCAAAGGAUUGAAACCAAUAUUGAACAGACAAAGCCUGUUUGCUUUCAUUUGUUUGCUUCCUUUCUAGGAUACAGAAUGUGAAAUUUCUUAUUUCUGCUGCUCUCUUAGCGGCGAUUUUGUUCUUUUUAAAAAGAAAGGGGGGGGGGAAAGGAAAGAAAAAUCCGGAGGUAACGAAAACACCCAAUUGCUACUGCUGCUCAAGAUUGCCACGUAAAAUCGGAAAAUGGCUUUUUGCAAUCAGAUCUGGAGUGCCAUUUGGGCAUCUUCCAAGCCAAGAACUGAAAAAAAGAACGUAACUUGUAAAAAGGCAAAAAUAUUUUAACGGUGAAGUUCCAUGUCUUUUCCCCCACUCCCCUGUUCUUUUUUAUACCUGAUUUUGUGCUUUUACUUUAAAAUGUUCACAGUUAACUAAUGGCAGCAAUGUACAUAUGUGUGUAAAAAAAAAAAAAUAGAAAGAAAAACAAAAAAGCCAGUUAGUUUGUUGGGCAGGAAGGGAUCUUCCUGUCUGAAUUUUUUUUCCCCUUCCCUUUACUUUGCUGUUACUUUUGUAUUUCACCUGAUAAAGAGAGAGAAAAAUGGAAAGAAAUAAACGUGUAUUUUUUAAGGAAAACAUUAGUGUCUCUUAUGAAGGACAGAAUUUCCUAAGAGAGGAAAGCAAACCGCACGCCGCUUUCCAGCUGUUUUGGAAACGCAGAGGCAGGGUUUAAAGUAUUACACUUGGUACAACUCUCGAUGGUCAUGGAUGACAGAAAUAAUUUCUAACGAAGGUUUUAUUGGGUCGUUUGAAAAGGCCAUCCCUGCGGGGUGACGGGCCAGUCUUCUCAAUAGGCGUUCUCCCCACCCCACCCCACCCACCCCAAAAAUCCCCAUAGAUCAGCCUUCCCUGGCCUGGUGACCUGGACUACAACUCCCGUCAUGCUGUCUUGGGAAAGAUGGGAGCUGUAGUCCAACAGAGCUGGAGGUCUCCAGGCUAGGGAAGGCUGCUACAGAUGCACAUUUUGGCCUUUCUAGAUUAGCAUAGCCCAGGAAAAUAGUUCUUCUCUCGUUUGGGCUCACGCAGCAUGUUUACAGAGUAGACUUCGCCCGUGGAACGCUGUCCGGGUUGGGAAAACCAGGUUUCAGACAACGUGAGCAAACCCAGAACCCGCUGCCCUUGAAAAGAGGGAGCAGCCGCCCGGGCGAAAACCCACGGGGAUGACGCAGAAGUGGGCAGCGGCAGGGCUGCCAUUUUGAAGACACUGUAAAUAAUUGGUGUGCUUUUUAUUUUUUGUGCCUGUUUAAAAGAGCAAAAAAAGUUGAAUAUUUGUUGGCUUGGAUUUAUUUUCAAGUGUUUUCUU